AUGGAGAAGACCGAAGAAGGCAUCACUAUGCACCGGGCGAAGCCGAGCAGGAAGUCGCAGGAAGACCAGGCCGUCAUGCUUCGGAGCCAAGCCACCAGCCGCUCCACCCCCAAGAGCACAUCCCGGUCGCCACCUUCAAGAAGGAUCACGACACCAAGGUGUCGUCGACGCCCAGAUCAGGGGAGUGCCGACUUUCGCCGGAGCUCAGGGGGGAGGCGAAUGGGAGAGGAGCCACCCCAAAGCCUCCAAGAAGGGGAUCGGCGCCAAAGGCGUCGACUUUGGGGGGGCCGCCGCGCCGGCCAGGGGUUUCCCCCGGAUCCUCGCCCAAACGCCAGAUCCGGCCAGCAAUCACCAAGAAACGCCGACCGCAGCCGCCGGGGACCAACACAGGCACGGAUCAGAACAGAUCGGGCGGCGCCGAAGCUUCUCCAAGGUGGACCGGCGGCCAGCGAGGCGCCCCCGCAGCACCGACGUCCACCACCACCACCUGCCCACGCAGCCGUGGAGGCCGCCCACCAGCACCCGCCGGCGCCGCCCGCCGCGCAGGCCACGCCGCACGCCACCGGCCGGGGCCGCCGCCCCGGGAGCCGCAGCCCUCCACCCAUGGAGGAGGCGCCAGAUCCCCCGCCUUCAUCGGGGGCCGCGCGCCCCUCUGGCAGCGGCGGAGGGGAGGGAGAGAGGGGAGGGAGCGCGAGCGGCGGCGCUAGGGUUGCCCCCGAGUCGCCUCAGAGGAGACGACGCGGGGGGGGAUACGUUGGAGACGUAUCACUUCUCCACUGCCUCUCCGGGUACAUCCCCUCGUCGGAGGAGAGCAGCACCACCACGAACGACGGCAACGACAAUCCUCCCACUGCGGACGCCUACAUGGAGGAGAUGGACCGCCGCGUCGCCGACCGCAAGGGCAAGGGCCCGGCCAUGAAGUGGUGA